AUGUGUCGGGACAAAGCAGAUUGGGAUGACCCAUUGCCAGAUGAUCUUCGUCCAGAUUGGGAAUGCUGGAAAGCUGAGCUGUUGAAACUGAGUGAGCUCAAAAUCCUGCGAUGCUUCAUUCUAGAAGGUUUAGGUCAAGCAGUCUCCAUACAGUCACCAUUUUCUGACGCCUCGCUUUCUGGCUAUGGUCAAUGUUCAUAUGUGCGUCUGAAGACCACAGAUGAAAGGGUACACUCUGCCUUGGUCAUGGCGAAGGCCAGGGUUGCCCCAUUGAAGCCUGUAUCUAUACCUAGACUGGAACUACAAGCUGCAGCAAUUUCAGCAAAGGUUUCUAAAGUUCUCGAGACUGAAAUGAGCUAUAAAGACAUGUCACAUCAUUUUUGGACAGAUUUCAAGGUAGUCUUUGGAUAUAUAAAAAAUGAUACAAAAAUAGACUCAAGAUGUUCAUCACGUAUAGGGUUCAAUGAAUUAGAGUAG